AUUUAAACCCCAAUCCGUGCAGUUAACUUUCUGUGAAAAAAUAUUGCUCUUGCUGUGAUUGGGGUUGGAAGUUUUUGCUAUAUCGUUGCAAAACACAGACGGAAAUGCAAAGCCCUGCUUACCAAAAGCCACAGUUCGGCAAGUGGCUGACAGAUCAGAUUAACAGUGGCCAGUACCCAGGGCUGGAGUGGGUGGACAAAGACCGGUUCCGCAUCCCUUGGAAACACAACUCCAGGAAAGACUGCAAUGAUGAUGACUGUAUGAUAUUCAAGGCUUGGGCUAUAGCCAGUGAGAAAUUCCAUGAAAAUCAAAAUGACAAAGCUAAAUGGAAAGCUAACUUCCGCUGUGCCUUAAACAGCCUGAAGAAUUUCAUGAAGACACAAGACAAAUCAAAAGAGUCGGAUGAUCCACAUAAAGUCUACCAGAUUUUAGAAACGCCAAUUAACUUUGUGAACGCCAUUAAAGAGGACGAGACUGCACAGCAAUAUGUCAACCCCCAGCCUUCCCCAGCUCCUAUCAUAUACCAGAACCAGCAUGUACCACAGUACCUACAGCCCGAGGAUGCACAGCAAGAAUUGUUGAACGAGCAGCUGCACACACUGAUUAUUGGAAAUCAAUACCCAGACGACUCGCGGUGGGAUCAGCUACCCACCUAUGGCAUGCCUGCUGAGGAAUAUCCCAUUGAGCCUGUACCCUAUGCACCAGAUCAAGUCUCUCAGUAUGCAAUUCCAAAUCAUAUCCCAGAGCAGCCCUACUAUGCCGAAAAUGAACUGCCUGAUUUGAACGAUUUGGAGAUUACCAUCUACUACCGGAAGCAGACCGUGCUGUUCACACAGGUACGAGGCCCCAAAGUACAGCUUCACUACAACAAGGUGGACCCCAGCCUUGGCCCAGAAGGGCUUGUGUGCUUCCCCGGAACAGAGCAGCUCGUGGACCACAGGCAGAUUAAGUACACCCAGAAGCUCCUCAACAGCAUCCAGAGAGGCCUGCACCUGGAGGUCAAACCGAAGGGCAUCUACGGGACACGACUGGAUAAGUGCCACGUGUACACAGCCCACAACACGCCUGUGAUCGAGGAGCCAAGCAAGCUACCCAACAACAGGGAGGUGGAGCUUCUUGGCUUCCAAAAAUACUUAAAAGAUUUAUUCGAUUUUAAAGAAAACAAGCGCGGCUCUCCAGAUUAUACAAUUUACCUUUGCUUCGGGGAGAAGUUUCCUGACGGGAAAUCGAAGGACACAAAAUUAAUCCUAGUGAAGGUCGUUCCCCUAGUCUGCCGAUUUUGGCAUGAAAUGGCUCAGAGAGAGGGGGCGUCCUCCUUACAGAGCGGCAACAUCAGCCUGCAGUUAUCCAACAACAGCCUGUAUGAAUUAAUCAAUUCCUACUUGCCUGACAUGGAAAUGUUUUCUGUCUAAAGUCAUAUUGGAAAUUUAAUUUUAUUGCUCAGCCGACAGCCUCUCUUGUCCUAUCAAUAACUUGUAUUAGUAAAACUGCUUGCUGCUUUGUAGUAGCAGUGGGCUAGUCUUAUAUAAUACUGUACACUUCAAUUCCAUUUAAUAUAACCCUGACAAUUGUAUGGAUUUCAUACAAUAGUUCAAGAUAAAAAAAAAAAAUACAUGUUUUAAGUAUAUAUAUUAUGAAAAUAUAAAUGUCAAGUUUGGGCAUUGGUGGUAACACUAUGCAAAAUUGUCUCAGCACACCACUAAAUAUGCACAUGCAUAUAGAAUUUUUAAAUUGAACUGCAGGGCCAGUAUACUUGACCCAUAUUCUAUGAUCAAUAAUUCUCUGAGUUUGUGAGCGCACACACACUCUCUCUUUCACGCGAUUGGAGACUCGGGGGACCACAGCUCAGCCAGUAGAGCACUGGUACUGGAAGCAAAAGGCUCAGGUUCGAUUCCUGAUUCUGCUGCCACUAUUUCCAAUAGCACACGCUGAUAUAAUCCAAGAUAAAAAGGUGCACAGUAGUUUAGUGUAACAAAACUCAUUAAACAUGACAAGCACAGGGUAAACGUGUCUGUAACGCAAUGGGCAGAGCCGGUGCGGUUGUACAGCACGAAAGUAUAACGCAAACCCAGCACACUCCCAAGUACAUACCCUUCUAAACAGUGGUAUAGUAUGAAAGAAUAGUGGUCAGAACACUAUAGUUUAUUAUUAAACCCGUACAUUGAAACUUAGAACCUCUAUUAGCUAAUAACAAACUGGCCACACUACAGUGUCAAAGUACGAUUGCCCUCACUCAGCAGUCAAUAGUUAAACUAGUCUGACAUCAUACUGUAGAUUUAAUAAAAACGUUUUUCACCUUAUAGUGGAAAGAUCAUUCCCCUUGGGUUGAAACGGUGACCUUUAGUAAGGUUACGACCUCCAGUUAUUGUCUCUCUUUCGCUUUUUCAACCCUCUGGGUAGUAGUUUUUCACUAUAUACUAUACUAUACUAUUUUGUCUGUUUUAUUAUAUUAACUAGUGUUUUGACCACUACUAUAAUACUAUUGUAUUUUAUAUGAAAAAUAUAUUUAUAUAAAAGCUAUUUAGAUUUGCUUAAACUAGACAUACUGAAAACGGGAGCUGGACCUCCCACAGUAUUUAAACAAAUUGUCUUCUUGUGAAGAAUUAAACGAUAAGCAUUAUUUUGUUACAUGCCCUAAAAAGGGUGCUUUUUUUUACUUGCCCUAAGAAAAGGACACAUUUAAUUCUCAACUUGCUGACCAGGCAUAGGGUUAUAAAGUUGUUUUACUGCUAUGCCAACUAUGGGAUUAGCAACCCAUGAAGCAAUUAUUAUAAAUGUUUCAAUACAGUAUGAGUAAGAAGAUAUCUCCUACUAGAAUAAUAAUAUUCUUUUUUUUUUUUACUUUGAGAGUCCUAUCUGUGUUUCUUUGCUGCUUUGGUGUAUAAGGCUUUUGUUGUAAGAAUAAAAUAAAGAUGAAUUGGCAGUUC